CGAUCGCAGCGCCACGCGAGGUGCAUUGAAAAGUGAUUGUGGCAUUUUUGCUCCGUGUGUUGUGCAAAUUUUCUCGAUUUUCCCACUGGAAAAGUUCAUAAUUGUGCGUAAAAGUGAUUGGAGGUAACAUCCCGCCGCGCGUAGGAGACAAUGAGAGGGUGAGAGGCAAAAAAUCUCGGAGGAUUUUACAGUGGCACACUGGGACAUUGUCAAGCAAGCCGCGGUGAUCAUUGGGCAGGGAAUCAGGCGCCGAGAUGAGUGAUUUAGUGGAGAAGUACGUGGGGGAGGACAGCGAGGCCAAGGAUGAGAACUACGACGCAAAUUUGCCGCUUUGCUUCUGCAAAAAACGUCACACGCAAGCCAUCCAAGGCGUCGAGUGCAUCACCCAGAGCUGGCGGAUGAAGGAGCGGAUGAAGACAGUGAGCGUGGCUCUGGUGCUGUGCCUGAACGUGGGAGUGGAUCCACCGGAUGUCAUCAAGAUUCAGCCGUGCUCGCGCCUCGAGUGCUGGAUCGAUCCGUCGUCGAUGAGUCCGCAGAAGGCGCUCGAGAUGAUCGGAUUGAAUCUGCAGAAGCAGUACGAGCGGUGGCAGCCGCGCGCGCGCUACAAGCAGUCGCUCGAUCCGACUGUGGAGGACGUGAAGAAGCUGUGCACGUCGCUGAGGAAGAAUGCCAAGGAGGAGCGCGUGCUGUUCCACUACAACGGCCACGGUGUGCCGCGGCCGACGGUGAAUGGGGAGAUUUGGGUGUUCAAUCGCACGUACACGCAGUACAUCCCGCUGUCCAUCUACGAUCUGCAGACGUGGAUGGGCGCUCCGUCUAUCUACGUGUACGACUGCUCGAAUGCCGGCAUCAUUGUCAACUCCUUCAACACAUUCGCCGAGCAGCACGAGCGCGAGAUGGAGCAGAUGCAGGCGCAGGCGGCGGGCAUUCGCAACUCGCCGCCGCUGCAGACGCCGUCGUACAAGAACUGCAUCCAGCUGGCCGCGUGCGCGGCUAAUCAGAUACUGCCGAUGAAUCCUCAGCUGCCGGCCGAUCUCUUCACCGCCUGCCUCACCACGCCGAUCAAGGUGGCCCUCAAGUGGUUCACCCUGCAGCCCACGUCGAAGCUCGUGCCGCACGUGAGCUACGAUCUCAUCGAGAAGAUCCCCGGCCAGCUCAAUGACCGCCGCACGAUGCUGGGCGAGCUGAACUGGAUCUUCACUGCCAUCACCGACACCAUCGCGUGGAACACCCUGCCUCGCGACCUGUUCCAGAAGCUCUUCCGGCAGGAUCUACUCGUGGCGAGCCUCUUUCGCAAUUUUCUGUUGGCGGAGCGCAUCUUGCGCUCCUAUGACUGCACGCCGAUUUCCAAUCCGCCACUGCCGCAGGGCUUCCGCCAUCCGAUGUGGGCGGCGUGGGAUCUGGCGCUGGACUUGGCGCUGUCACAGCUACCGGACAUCCUGAAGCACGGUGAGUCGUUCCAACACUCGCCGUUCUUCGAGGAGCAGCUGACGGCGUUCCAAGUGUGGCUGGAUCGUGGCUCAGAGGAGCGCAAUCCGCCCGAGCAAUUGCCGAUUGUGCUGCAGGUGCUGCUGUCGCAGGUACACCGAUUGCGUGCCUUAGAGCUGCUGGGACGCUUCCUGGACUUGGGCCCGUGGGCCGUCAACCUCGCCCUCAGCGUCGGAAUCUUCCCGUACGUCCUCAAGCUCCUCCAGAGCUCAGCCAAGGAGCUGAGGCCACUGCUUGUGUUCAUCUGGACGAAAAUCCUCGCUGUGGACAGUACUUGCCAAGUGGACUUGGUGCGUGAUCAGGGCCACAAGUACUUCCUGUCUGUGCUUCAGGAUUCAACAAUAUCAGCAGAAUAUCGUACGCAGUCGGCGUUCGUGCUCGCGUGCAUUGUGCACAAUUAUCCUCAGGGUCAGAACUUCGCUCUUCAAGGUUCACUCGUGUCAAUUUGCCUUCUGCAGAUCUGCGACUCAAACUGGAUGCUGCGACAGUGGCUGGCAAUUUGCCUAGGGCAAUUGUGGCAGGACUAUGACAAGGCUCGGUGGUCGGGUGUGCGUGAUUUGGCGCAUGAGAAGCUGCUGCCGCUGCUGCAAGAUCCUGUGCCGGAAGUCCGCACGGCGGCAGUGUUUGCACUCGGAACGUUCAUCAGUUCGGUGAAGAAGAGAUCCGAUCAUGCCAACAACAUCGAUCGCUCCAUCGCCAUGACGCUGCUGUCCACUGUGGGCAAUGAUAUGUCACCGCUGGUGAGGAUGGAACUCGUGGCAGCGCUGCAAUGGAUGGUGUUGCUGUUCCAGAAGCAGUUCACAAGCGUCUUCCUGCAGGAGCCAUCGACGUCGCUGCACAACCAGACGCACAGUCUGGAGCGCAAUGUGAACAUGAAGCGCGUGUCCAGCUCCAGUAGCAUCAUGUCAAUGGGUGUGUCCUCCAUGACUAACUAUGCCGCCUCCGGCACAAUUAGUCUUGUGGGCUUUGGCUCGAUCUACAUGAAGUUGUGGCAGAGCUUCACGCAACUGGCACGCGAUCCUUAUCCCACGGUGGCAACGAUGGCGCAGAAGGUGAUGGACUUUGUGCGCAACAAUGCUGUGGUGGAGAUUGAGGCCAAGGAGGCGACAUCGGAGAAGUUCAGCUACAGCCUGCCGCCGAGUCCCAAUACGCGUGUCAACUAUCUGGAUGGCUCGUCGCCGCGGCAGCUACCGAAUGGCAUCGCCACACCAAAUGCUACUCAGUACCUGUCGACUGGUGCCGGACAAUCGGCUCAGGGGACACCGCCAACAGCCUCACCAGACUCCCGAUCUGGCCUGAGAACGCCGGCGAGUCACGCUCGGAGCCACAGCAACGGUCGAGCGCUGCAGAAUAGGAUUUCCGAGGAUGGAGAAUCAACGAGUUCACAGGAGGAUCGUCCGUACAUCCCAAUUGUCACGACGGACUACAUCGCAUGGGCUGUGAGUCAAUUCUCGCGGCCCACGCGAAGGACAGGCCUUGGGGCGGAUGUGACUGAGGAUGAUGAAGCGAUGCACGAUCGCGACGCGCCGGAAUAUCUUGAGCGCGUGCGACGAUUUAAGCGCAACGUGAAGUUGCGCCACGAGGCGCGCGAGCAGCAGCGCCGCGUGCCGUUUCUGCGAUUGGAGACGCAGAUGUGGGUGGGAAGGACGCAGCAUACGCCUAAGAUUGUCAAGUUCCAUCCAUACGAACCGCAGAUCGCCGUGGCGUACAGGGAUCGCAUCACGAUCCACGACUGGCACACGCAGGCGGUGAACUCAUACGUGCCGGAGGUGCAGAAACAGCCGACGGUUGGCGGCGUGGCGACACAGCCGCGGUACGCUCGUGCCACGAGUUUGGAGUUCAUCAAUGCGCACGAUCGGUCACUAGUGCUGGUGGGAUAUGAGGAUGGGUGUGUGAGAUUGUGGCGUCCGCCCGAGGGCGAGGUUGAGGAGCCGCGGCUCGUGAGUGCAUGGAGGGCUCUCCUGGUGGAGAGCGGUGUGCAGCAUUCCAGGACUGCUGGUGGCGUGGGUCUCGUGACGUCGUGGCAGCAGAACUUCCACACGCUGGUGGCGGGCGGAGACUUCAAGGUGCUGCGCCUGUGGGACACGGAGAGGGAGCUGAAGCUGUGGGACAUGCCCACGGACGCGGAUUCGGCUGUGCACACGAUCUCGAGUGCCCCGAAUGGGAUUAUCGCUGCCGGAUGUGCCGAUGGCAGUGUGAGGUUGUUUGACAAGAGAUGCUCACCGCACGAUUCGCGAUUCAUGACCUACAUGGAGCACACAGCGCCGAUCCUGAGUGUCUGUCUCAGGGAUGACUGCGAAUUUCUCAUUUCCGGAUGCUCUCAAGGGAAUAUUCGGUGCUAUGAUAUUAGACAGAAAGGAUCUGUGCACAAUUGGUCAACGGGUUCGAAUGUCACUGCAAUUUCCAUCCACUCGAUGGGCGACAUUGUGGCAUGUGGCAGUCACUCGAUCAACACGUACGGCUUGGACGGGAGGAAUCUGGGCACAAUUCGCAGUCACGAGGGUUUCAUGGCGUCCAAAAUUGGACAGACAUCGUGCCUGGCUUUCCAUCCGCAUCGCCUGAGACUUGCCGUGGGUUUUGUGGACAACAUGGUGGCGGUGUAUAGAGAUGAGAAUCGCAAAUAUUGAGAGCCUUUGGCUUUACAAGCUUUUGUUGGGGGGGCGCGUCACAGAGGCUCUUUUGCAAUGUCCUGGCAACCAUUUGAGAUUAUAUCCUGCAAUGCGCGAAGAUGCGGAGGUGACUUUGCUAAUGGCUUUAUUUCUUGCUUCAUCAUGCGUGAGAGUUUGUACAUAAGUUAUAUUACCAUAUUUUCUUUAUGAUUAUUCUCCAAACACACAAACACAUAUGUUUAUUUUUUCGUUGUUGUAAAAAUGGAAGGAUUCUUAAGGACACUGGGAGGAGUGAUGCGAUUGUGCUGAGGAUGUGAAAAAAUAACGGGUUUACUGAGAAUUUCCGCGCAUUUCGUGGAUUUGUCUUGCAACUAUUAAUUGGUAGGAAAAAAGUGUAUAAAGUUUUAUUUUAACUCGUAAGAGAUCGUGUAUAUUGAUAUAGAGGAGUUUUAUCUCUCAAAAGCCAUAAUUUAGUUCAUGUUUACUUGUUAGUGUCUAUAUUCAUUGUCAUUUAUAUUGCUAAUAGGAUCUUAAGCAAAAGUGAGACGCUAAAGAGGUUUUUAUUCCCUACGAAGAGAGAAAGAAAGAAAGCUUGCUGAUUUAAGGAAAUAUAUGAUUUUUGUUCAGACAAUUGAAUUCACACGUGUGAGAAGAAAAGUUCUGGAUUGAUAUAAAAAGUAUAAUUUUGACGUGUGAGAAAGAAUUAUUAUAUUGAAUUUCUUGCUUAAUGAUUUGAUAACAUUUGAUUUAUGUAACAAACGAGAUAUUCUCGAUGGGCUUUAUAGAUUUGUGAGGAUGAAGAGAGAGAGA